UGUUGUCAUUUGCCUAAUAUUGUGUUGAAUUAUUCUAAUUAAAAUGCCCAUCACUAACGAAGAAGCCGCUGAUAUGAUAGCAGUCUAUCACGGUUGUUUUCAAAAUGCGACAAUUGCUGAAAGAGAAUACGCGAUGCGGUAUCCUGAUUGCCACCAUUAUGGUAGAAGAGUUUUUACACGAUUGGCACAACGAUUACGGGAUACUGGCAGUUUUUGUCGACCAACAUUUCGAAGGUGUUGCAAAAGAAGAACUGAAGAAAAUAUUAUAAAUGUUCUAGCAUCGAUACAGCAUAAUAGCCAUAUUGGAACUAGAGCAUUAUCUGCCGACUUGGGUAUAGCAUGGACUACUGUUCGUAAUAUUCUAAAAGACAACAGACUACAUGCCUACCAUAUUUUCUUACAUCAUUCCCUGAAUGAUGAAGAUUUCGAUCAUAGAUUGAAUCAUUGUCACUGGAUGCUGGGGAUGAUCAGGGAAGAUAGGAAUCUUUUAACAAAAAUUUUGUGGACCGACGAAUCUACCUUUCGUAGUGAUGGGUGGCGCUGGAUAGAAAGGGGAAGCUUAUCUCCUUGGCCAGCCAAGUCACCCGACCUGACGUGUCUCGAUUUGUAUUUAUGGGGACGCAUAAAAGACUUUGUGUAUCAAACACAACCCACAACGAAAGUAGACAUGCAAAAUAGAAUCCGAAAUGCCAAUCAACAACUAUCAGCGGCUGAAAUCGAAGUGGCAGUUUUAUCCACAAAACGAAGAUCAGAAAAAUAUGUGACAGAAGACAAUUCGAACACUUAA